AUGAAGAGGCCACGGCGCAGGCGUCAGAAGCGCGCACAAAGCCGCGCGUUGUUUGAGGCCAUCUCGUGCGGCGCCGGUGGUGACCGCCUGCGUCGCCAGGAGGCCUCGCGGCUCCCGUCGCACGUCGCGCGUCAAUCGCCUCGCGCCUCUCCCCUCUCCCCUCUCGCCUGUCGCGCCAGGACAAGGGCGAUCGGCUCCCUCGAACCCGGGCUGCGCGGCGUGGCCGGCAUGAGCGCUCCGGAUGAGGUGUCUGCCUGGCGAGUGGGUCUGGGCCCGGAGGGCGGGGGGCAGGCCAGCGUCCGCCCCGCCGGCCGCCGGGCCCCGGAACGAGGUCUGGAUCUGGGGCGGCCGCGCAGCGGCGAGGGCGAGGGCGAGGGCGGGUUCCCAGACGCCGAGGGCUUCGAGUCCGAGCGGGAAGUGAUGGAAGCGGGAGGGCCCGUGCCGUGGGGCCGCGAAGGCCGCCCCGGCUCCCCGGCCGACGACAAGGGGGACGCCCUGGACUACGCGUCCCACCUCGCUGACGAGUCCGCGGCGGACACGGAGCAGCAGCUGACAGACCGCGAUGCCCGGGGCCUGCGGAGAAACCCGUCCCCGCAGAGCGGCGCCGUGGAGGCGUCGGGCGGUUGGGCCGGCCUCGAGGCAGGGCCCAGGGUGCGAGGCGCGCUCGCCCUGGGCCGCGUGGAGUCGCGGCCGCCUUCCGCCGCCCCGCUGCACGUCGGUGGGCCCGAGGGGGGCUGGGCCUGGGGGAACCCGAAAAGAGGCGCCAAGGGCAGGUCGACCGUCCGGGUGGAUCGCCAGCGGCCCCCGGCCACCGAAGGCCCCGGCGGGCUGCCCUCCGACCCCGAGUCCUCAGAUGAGUUCAGCGAGAUACAGCUGAUGAGGGUGAGCAUCUACUCCAAAGAAGGCGGCCCAGCCAAGCUCAGCAGCCCCGAGGAUCCCGGGGACACAGCCAGACACGCGAAUUUCCACGUCAGGGAGAAGUUCCUUCACGUGCGGGGCCCUUUCCUGACCUCCGCUGCCCGAGGAUUCACUUCGGUUGUGGAGAGGCAGGCCGUUGGAGAGCUGGACGUCUCCUCCUCUAAGAAAAUGCCAAGUGUGGCCUGGGGGAAGGGGGAGAGCAGGCCCAGCUACCAGGGAGCUGCUGCUGUUGCUGCCGCUGCAGGUGGCCCGCCCCAGGCCACCUCGAGGAGUAAGGCGGCCCAGGAGAAGAAAUGCCUAGGGGGGGCCUCAAAAGUGGCCCCGGGCAAAAGCUUCCCUUCCUGGGGACAGAGAGCCUCGGCUGCUCCCCUGGAACCAGCCACCUUCCCCCCAAUCUCCGGUGUCCCGCUGCUUGGGAGGUCCGAGAGGUAUUCCUUGGUCCCUUUGGGACCCAAACAGUCCAAGCACGCGGGCGCCGCCGGCAAGAAAUCUGUGGCCAGGAGGACACGGGAGGCAGAGGUGGCGGCCGCUGCUGGAGAAGGCAGUGACUCCAACAGGGACGCGGUCCUCCCAAAGGGCCAAGCGCUGGCUGUGCUGCCGCUCUGGGAGAGUCCAAGCCAGAGCCCCAGUCCCCGGGGGGCCACCUUCAAGGGUGACCAGGAGCCGCCGGGCCAGCCCGCAAGGCCAGGAAGGCAGCAGGAACCACCAGCUGGCGCGCAGGGCUGUCUGCGGUGUCUCGUGCUACAGAGAGAAAUAGACGACCUUAAAGAGCAGCUUGCGGCCAUGCGGUCCCUGGCUGACAAGGGCCAGAGCCUCUGA